ACGCCGUGUUUGUAUUGUGGAUUGGAACUAUCAGCGUAGGUCAGUCCCGCUGUAGGCUGUCCUUUAUCUCUACCAGUAUGAGGACAGCCGGGUGCUGAGUUCGUGGUCAGAGCUGCUGCAGGCAUCAACUUCUUGCAUUUGUGGGUAGAUCAUGUCGACAUCUGGGGCGAGAGUGAGCCUGAGUAGUAGUGCUAGCAGUGACACAUCCAGUACUGGGGAGGAGGAGAGAAUGAGGCGGCUGUUUCAGACCUGUGAUGGGGACGGAGAUGGGUACAUCAGCAGAAAUGAUUUACUCAUGGUCUGCCGCCAGCUGAACAUGGAAGAAUCUGUGGCUGAAAUAAUGCAUCAGCUGGGAGCAGAUGAGAAUGGAAGGAUCUCUUUUGCGGAUUUCACAAGGUGCCGUAUGCAGUUGGUGAGGGAAAUAAGGAAGGAGGAGGUACACCUUUCAGUCAAGUCUGACGACUCCGGUACGAAGAAGAUACUGCGGGAUAGAAUCGCAUCCUGGCCAACUAGCAGUGACAAUAGUUUAGGUGCCUUGUCUGGAGCUAGAGAGAGCUGGGAAUAUGACUCAGGCGCUCGAGAUCUGCAGAGCCCUGACUUACAAAGCCACCCCACACUGCAGAAACUAGUGGAGUAUGGAGGAAGACCCCAGAAUCAGCAAGCCCUUCUUCAAAAGCUACUGAUGCAGACUACAGCACUGACCAGCUCAGUCAGUGGCAGCUACAUGGACCUAGCAAAUACUGUAAGUAGAGUUUAUUGUCAUGCACUUGAAAUGCAUUACUAUAACAUUUUUGUAUCCCGCAUUGAGUAA